GUUUUCUUGUCUGGUGGUCAUACACGAUUGUUCCAACCCAUCGCCCCGAAUUGGGUUGAAGGCGGCGCCUGGUCUUUGUCGCCACCAUGAACUUCGUCCAGCCUGCUCCGGUGGACCAGGUGCCUGACGGGCUCGCUGUGGAACCUGGCCAAGCAGACCAAGUCCUGAAGCAGUUCGUUGAUCGAUGCGUGGUGGACCUGGCUGCACGCGCAGGUGGCGGGGCCGGCCUCCCAAAUGGUCAGCUGUUUACGGACCUUGUCAAUACGGCUGGGUGGGCCAUAGGUGAACUUGAAGUGGCUGGUCGGCUGACGCAGGGCAUCCUUCAGGUUGUGCAGCCUGCCGUGGGUCCCGCUGUGCAGCAGGCGAUGCAGCAGGAGGGCAUCCAGGAGACGGUGCAGCAGGCAGCGGGGCCCGCUGUGCAGCAGGCGGUACAGCAGGAGCUGCCGCAGGUGAUGCAGGGGAUCCAGCAGGGGCUGCUGGCGCUGCAGCAGGGGCAGCAGUUCCUUCUGCAAGCUGUGCAAGGGCUGCAGCAGGGGCAGCAGGGGCUGCAGCAGGGGCAGCAGGAGCUGCAGCAGGGGCAGCAGGAGCUGCAGCAGGGGCAGCAGGAGCUGCGGCAGGGGCAGCAGGAGCUGCAGCAGGGGCAGCAGGAGCUGCGGCAGAUGCUAGUCGGCGCCCACAACCUUGCUGCUCGGGUGCACAACCGCGAUGCGCGCGAGGACGGCCCGCUGCAGCCGCUGCGCAAUGACGUGCAUCAUCCUGGAGCAGAGUUUGGGGCACUGCCUGCCGCUGGUGUAUUUCCGCCGACGACAACUGCGCUGUGGAUUGAGUGGACUCAUGCCCAGGUCGACACCCUGGCCGAGUUUUACGGUGUAGACUUUGGGCAGCAAGGAAGCAUGCUGCUGCCCAACCGCAAGUCCCUCGUAAAAGCAUUUAUCAAGGGGCCGUGAGCUGCGCCAGAACGGCGCUGGCAAUGGCAGAACGGCGGCAGUGGCAGAACGGCGCUGGCAAUGCGCAGCCAGCCAACCGGGUGCAGGUGCACCACGGUGAAUGGUCCUCUUCGGCCCCUGCACUCAGCACGCUGCAGCUGGCAUGAUCAUGUCAGG